GAAGGGAUGUGGAGUUCCGAAUUAUUAGUUGCUUGCACAUGUCCUUAUACGGUCUUCAGCUAUUGUAGUACAGUUGGUUGCUAAUCUCCCGGUUUAGAGCUGCGCGGCUGCUUCGUGCGCCUAGGCGCGUGUAAUCCUCCGCAGCUUCUUACCAGACUCUCGAGCCGUCUAAGAAAGGUGACUUUCGAGUCGGCUCAUAAAUCUCUCCGUACCGUAGCAUCAUACCAGGCGAUCCACAAGCAUCAAGUCAUGGAUGCUUCGACUCGCGCCUACUAUUCUUCCCAGGCUCUUCCGCUUUUGGGGAAGUCACCUCGUGAUAGGGAUUCCCACGUGUGCGCAUGCAAUUUAGCUGCUCCUAGUCUUCAGGCUGACGUGUCAUUGCCCGGAAAUCGCUGCGUGUUUUUCGCGCCUGGGUCAUCGAGGCGGGAACCGUUAGUAUCACGUCGUGAGGUGCCGCUAGCAUCCCAGCCAAUAGCAUCGCUGGGAUUCUGGGGCUCCGCGUUUCCCCGAAGUUUCCUGAGCCGUCUUGCGACGGUGACGGCAGUGGCGGAAAGGGGGGGAACGGCGGGAUCCGCCCGCGGGAAAGAUUCGGCGGAUGCGGAAAGGGAGGGAGUUAAGAAUAGGAAAAGGGAUAAGAGCAAGAAGCGUGAGAAGGGAAAGAAGGGGGAACGGAGACGAGAAGGGGUGAGAGGGGAGGGGGAGAGAGGAGGAGGAAACCUGGAGAGAGUGAAGGAGAAGAGGGGUGGUGUGAUGCGUGCUGGGGAGGGGAGGGAGGAGAGGAAAGAGAGAGGGAAGGGGAAAGGGAGUAAGAAGGAAAAGAAGGCAAAUGAGAUGGCUAAGAAUGGCCGAGUGGAGGAGCAGGAUCAAUUCAGGGAGCUUGCUCUCCCUUCCCUAUCACAGGAGUCUCCUGCGGCGUCAGCAUCGGGCAAGUUACCAUCUGGCAUGUCGUCAUCCCCUACCGCAUUAUCUGCCACGUCAACACCUGCCACGUCAUCAACUGCGAAGGCCUCCCGAUGGGACGGAAUAGAUCCCACCAAGAUUCGAUUCGUUGACUAUUCCUCCAUGCCGAGCCAAGAGGAGAUCCGAGCCUCCGUCUUCCCGAGCCAAAACAGGAGGUCUUGGCCUGGUGAACGAAGCAGUGGUUUUGACGAGUCUCAGAGCCUGCCGAGCCAAGAGAGGUUUGGGUUCGGCCAAGAGCCAGCUGGCAGAGGUUCGGGACAGGCUCGGCGGGAUCUUGCAUCGGCUCCAGAGCGAACUGCUGCCAGAGGCUCGGGACAGGUUUGGUGGAGUGAGGAGGGAAGGGACGAGCCAGAGAUUGAUGACAAUAGUGAAAGAGAUAGAAGCAGCAAAAGUAAUUCUACAAGUAGCAGAGGCAGUAGCAGCGGCAAUCGCAGCAGUAGCAACAGCAGUCGCAGUAGUAGCAGCAGCAGUCGCAGUGGUAGCAGCAGCAGUCGCAGUAGUAGCCGCAGAAUUCGCAGUACCAGUAACAGGAGUGACAGCUGUGGGAAUCCUCAAGAAAACGCACAUGGCAGCAGCAGCGGGGGAGAAUCAGAUGAGUUUCCCGCGCAUGACUAUAACGAGUACAGCUAUGACGAGUGGGAGGAGGGCGAGCAGGACGAAAAGGCAGCAGAGGGAGAGUUUGAAGCCACCCCACGUGACUAUAACGAGUAUAAUAAGUAUAUCCCGGGGUGGGAGUGGGAGGAGGGCGAGCAGGAGGAGGAGGCAGCAGAGAGCGAGUUUGAGGCCGUGGCGCAGCUGUGGGAGGAGAUGGAAGGUGCUGGGAAGCUGCACCCGCUGAGUGCACCAGCGGGGGGGUUAAGAUGGAAGCAGGAGGCGCAGGAGCGUUUCCCUGACCUAGCGCGCAUGGCUGGCGUGUUUCCUUACAUGGGGGAUGUGAUCGAGAGGGAGGAGCUGGACACGCCCUAUGACUACGCCCCUCCUCCAGACAUCGACAGUAGAUCUUCCGACAUGAUCGACAAGCUCCAGGACCUUCUAACAGCCCUCCGGCUCUUUCUCCCGUAUGCACUCUCUCCUCUCCCUGCUCCGCCUCCUGUCGAAGGAGGGGAGAAGGCAGGAGAGGGAGCAGAGGAAAAGGCGAGAGAGGGAGGAGCAGGGGAUAGCCAAGUGAAGCAACGGAAGCAGGUGGAUCAGCAAAGACAAGAGGAAGAGCAGCAGCUGAGACAGCAGCAGCAGCGGCAGCAGCAGCAGCAGCAGCAGCAGCGACAGCAGCAGCCACAGGCGGAAGAGCCUGUCGACAUCUUCGCGAUGGGGUUUGUGGAGGAUGAGGUCCGCGUGCAGAAUCCGGUGGUGUGCGUUCGAGGGAGACACAGGUGGCAGCAGUGGCUGCACGUCAUGGGGUCGGCUGGGGGGCACCUGCACCUGCACAACCUGUACUCUGAAACGCUGGUGAAGGAGCCAGACCGCCGCUGGAUCACUGCUCUAUGGACCAUCCUCUUAGCUAAGAGUGGGCGGGAAGCAGUGGCAGCCAUGGGGCUGACGGACUGGUGGGAUAGGAACCUUCCUGAGCACGAGGCAGAAAUCAGGAGGAACCUUCCUGCAGAGGAGGAGGAGGAGGAGGGUGAGAGACAGGGGAACGAGCCAAGCAAUAGAGGAGCCAAGCAAGUGGUCCGAAAAGCUAGUGCAGAUAAAAUGCACGAGGAUCCAAGGAAAGAGGGGGAAAGUUUUGAGGCGCCUCAAAACAAGGAUCCAAGGAAAGAGGGGCCAAGGGGGAGGAUCGGAGGCAGCAGACGUGGGGAAGGAGACGAAGAGGGGGAGGAGGAUGUUGGGAGUGAUGUUGGUGGGGAGGUGGGGAUGGAGUGGGGGGCAAAGGAGGCGGAGAGGGGAGAUAUGGAGGGGAAGGGAGGGGAGAAGGGAGCAGAUGAGAUCUACUUGAUUGGCAAGACCAGGUUUGAGAUGAACACAGAUGGGAAGAUCUCAGCCGUUGAGAGCACAUGGUUCAUCGCAGAUGAUCCAAUGGCUGUUAGAGAGACGGCAAGAGGAGAGUUGUUUCUGCGGGCGUUGCUACUCAUUGAAGAAGAGAAGACAUUGAGGCAAGUGUAGACACGGACCUCCUGGAUUUUUCACAAGAGAAACGAUAUGAUUAUCGUACAGUAAUUGAGUAAUGGUGCAAACUAGUUUAUUUUAAUCAAUAUCUCCUGCCCUGCAUUUCACAACACUACAAAGCCGCAGAAUUCCCCAUGUCUCGCGCACUGAUGUUAUAACCCCCCUCUCCACACCAUGCGUCGCGCCGCCCUAGCCCUGCGCGUCGCCUCGGCUUCGACCGCCGAUAUCGGGCGUAAGUCGCGAAACGCCAUAUCUCCUGGCGUACUCUCCGCGCAUAAUAGCCCGCGAGUCCGCGCAAGCACCACCACGGGCGAUGCGCGUCUGGAUUCCUCUCCCGCGGCAUCGUCUCUCGCGCCGAAUGCGGCGCGUCUCGCGGCGGCGGGCUCAGUUUCUCCAGCCCUAGUCGCUCCGUUUGCAGCACGAACCUACGCUUCGGCAUCGCAACCAGGCUCGGCAGUAAGCGCGCCCGCAGGCUCGCCACUAGCCUCGGCAGCAAGCGCCGCCCCAGGCUCGGGUCCAGGCUCGGAUCAGGCGGGAAAAGCCGAAUCCGGAGGUUCGGGAAAGCGCGGCGGAUGGAACCUGUUGUU